UUUCAUUGUAUACAAAGCUUUGUGUUCAAAUGCAUGUGAAUAAAUUCAAUUGUAUUAAUCGUUUUGAAAAUGUGAUAAUUUAAAAUGAAUUGAAAUAUUAAAAGUUAGAAGAAGGUUAAAAGUCUACAAUAGAAAUAAGUUUUUAAAACAUAUAGUAUACGUCUCUUAAUUGUUACGAUGGGAAACAUUAGUUAUUUAUUUUAAAUUGUAAAAAAAAACGAGAUAGAAAACUCAUGAGUAUCAAAAGAAACUUUAUUUCAGACUAGCAACAAACUUAUUAGAAUAAAAAAGUAUCGACGUCCGGGAAGUGACCUCAGAGACCUUAUUCGUACGUUUCUACGUAUAUUCUUAAUUUUUUUCUUCAAGUAAAACGAUUUUACAAAAUGGUCGAAGGUACAUACGCUAUGGAGCAAAUUGUCAUAGAUGAAGAAACAGGCGAAAGCUUGAUACAAUCCUUUCGGGACAAUUUAGAGAUACAUGAUCCUGUUGGUUCAGUGAAUAAUGUUGAAACUGGUGAACCUGAAGUUAAUUUCGUAAGGACUGCAAUGCAAAGAUGUAGAAAAGUACCUUUUCAGAUUCCAAAACAAGUGAAAGAUAAUAUGAUGCCUAAAAAAUCUGGUUGUAAAUUAGAUAAUAUGGAAAUGGAACCUGUACCGAUUGGAUCAUCGUUCGGACAAGUAAAUCCCAUCUGUUUGUUUCUACCAGCUAUCAUAUAUUCACGUUGGUUUCUGGUAUUACUUAUGAUUUUUGAAGUUAUUCUACAUGUCUGGGCACAUCACAAAAAUAAGUCAUUAAAAAAUGCUGGUGUAUAUUUUCGUUCGCCAUUCCACGCUAUAUCUUCUGAAUUUUGUGCUCUUUGUCAGAAUGAGACGUGUAUGGAUCGUGUUGGAAAAUUGCAGCAAAAACGGAUGCACAAAUUCUUUCGGCAGUGUAAUUAUAUGAAGAGAAUAGUUACAUGAAAUAUCUUUAUAGAAAAUGUUAAUCUUGUAACAUAUUGUACUGUGUCAUAUAUUGAUCAAGUGUAAAAUGUUUACGGUUUUACAUUAGGGCAAUUUUUUUUUUGUAUAAAAUAAUCUAAAUUGUAUAAGAAUAUCUUAAAUUCAAGUUAUCAAAUUAUUAAUAACGACUCAGUGAAGAGCUAAUCGGUUUGUAACGUAGAAGAAAAUAUUCUAACAAAAAUCAAAAGUAGGACUAAGUAUGUUUUUAUACAAGAUAAAAGGUGGAAGCUUAAUGUUUUAUACAAUGAACAAAAAAUGAAUAAUAGAAUACAAUUAGAUAGUCAUUGUUCAUGUAUCUUUGUUCAUAUAGUACAAGUAUUUUAUUGUUACAAUAUAGGUUUAUAGAGGUUUUAUUUUUAUAUUUAAUAAAGUAUGUGUUAUUAAAGUAUAACUUUAUCAAUAAAGAUAUAUAUUAAAAUUUA